AAGCUCACACAGGUUUACAGACGGCACAGGUCACCAGGAAGCUGAAGGAGCAAGAAUGAAGAUCUCUUUGAGUUUCAUGCUGUUGCUGCUGCUCGGUGCCGUCUCCCAUGGUCAACAGCCUGAACCGACCGAUUCAAUGGUCCAACUGAUAAAGCUGUUGCAAACACUGGCUGCAGAACGAGACCAACUGAGGGCUGUAGUGGACAAGCUGAAGACUGAAGUGGACAAGCUGAAGACUGAAGUGGACAACCAGAAGACUGAAGUGGACAAGCUGAAGCAACAACAGCUAGUCCGACAGGUUGCAUUCUCAGCCUCUCUAGCGGUUGAAGGUGAACUACAUAUUGGACCCGUUCCCUCGGACACUCCCCUGAUCUACAAACACGUCCCCACCAACAUCGGCAACGCAUACAACUCAACCACAGGUGUGUUCACUGCCCCGGUGAGAGGAGCGUACCACUUUGAUUGGCAUAUGAAUUCAAUAAACAGCGCUACAGCAGCUUUCCUGGUCAAGAACACAGAGAACGUUUUUGCGGCACACGAGCGCCAGUCGGCCGGGUUCAUGAGUUCUUCUAACGGCGCCAGCCUACUGCUGGAGGUGGGAGACAAGGUGUUUGUGCGUCUGGCGGCUACAAGUAACGUGUUUGACAACUUCAAUCACCACACCACCUUCAGUGGACACCUGCUGUUCCCCAUGUGAGACAGACACAGCAGCUCUGUGACAGGUUGCUGUUGUCUU